AUGUCUCCGCCGUCAGUCGGCUCUGACUGUGACUUCGACUUCGACAUUGACACGGACACUGUAAUAGUCGGCAACGGUCCCUCGUCCAUGAUCCUGUCCUACAUUCUGCACGGCCACAUCCCAUACUACGCCGCCGACACCCCGCAUCCGGACUCUCUUUUGCACGCCAAACUGAACCGCUCGCCAUGCCUCCUCCGCCCCGACCUUGACGCUCUCACCUGCCAUUUCGGUGCGUCGCCGCUAUCGUAUUCCACGCAGGCACUACCCAUCAACGUCCUGCUCGACACCCUGCUUUGCCCGCAAGGCGAAGUCGACGACCUCGGCGAAAUCACCAACCUCCAAUGGCACCACAAACCGCACCGCGCCGUCCCGCACAUCGUCGUCGGCAAUGCGCCACAACCAGGCGGUCUCUGGGCUAUGGAUAAUCCGAUCCAUAUCAGCUGGGACAUUGGCACGUUGAGUUACGCCGGCAUGCUCUCUCUACCGGGGUACACAUUCACCGACCACUAUCGCAAAACCACAGGCAAGGAAUUGGCGGCUUUUACGAGACCGAGUCGACGGGAAUUGGCAGAGUAUUUGCGCGCGUAUCCUGCACAGGCCGGCAUUGCAGAUGCUUUUCACAAUAAGACUUUGGUGGAUGGCAUACAUCGCGUCCCCGGCGGGUUUUACAUCCCAUCCCAUCGCAUUCGGUGCAAGCACCUCGUUCUGGCUAGUGGAAUCUUUUCGCAUUUGAUUCAACCGCCGCCUGUCCUUGCGCCUUUGCUUGAACUUACAAAAAGUGAUCCGUCGUGUCAGUAUCCGCUGUUGGUGGUAGGAUCAGGUUUCACGGCUGCAGAUGCGAUCAUAUCAGCGCCACCCGGUCAGCCGAUUCUGCAUACAUUCCUGUGGAACCCGAAUGGACGGCCAUCGCCAUUAAAGAGUUGCCAUCAACAAGCAUACCCAGAAUACGCGGGGAUAUACAGAUUGUUGAAGCGCGCCGCCCUGUCAUCGUCACACGCUGGAAACAGACCUAAAACCCGUCGACUAGCGUCAACCUCGUUUUUGGAGAGUCGGAAUUGGGAUGCUAUUUACGAAGGACAGCCGAAUUGCGUAGUUGAAGAUGUGCAGCUCAAAGAGGAUCAUGCAAUCGUUACGCUUGCCCUAGAAGACGGCACAAAAAUAUUCCGUCCUGUAUGCGGGCUAGUCUAUGGUGUUGGUCGACGAGGCGCUCUCGACUACUUGGAUUCUUCCCUCCGCGCCGAGAUCUUGAAAGACGCAAACGUGUCACCCGACGGCAUGAUAUCCGCCAAAACGCUCCGCAACAAAGUCAUGGAAGACCUCGAAGUCGCACCGGACGUCUUCGUCAUUGGAAGUUUGACAGGCGAUUCCCUGAUCCGAUUCGCCUACGGCGGAUGUGUAUACGCCGCAUAUUCACUCAUAUCCGCAUCUGGCGGAUGCAGUGGCAUCUGUACGCCCAAACAACCCGCUGGAACUCCCACGGGAGGACGCCAUGCACUCAUGAACGGAGUCGAUGGUCAUGCGCGACGGCCUGAGCCAAGAAAAACGAUCAGCUUUCGAACCGACUACCAGGAGCAGUUGGUCAGUCAGCCACGGAAAAGUUCGUGGUGGAAUACGAUUUGCAGUUUGUUGUUUUGA